GCCCCCUUCCUUCCACCUCCCGUCUCCUCCUCAAAAGUGCGCAAACCAAUCAGCAGACGUCUCGAGGCUCGAGCUCUCUUGCUCUCUCUGCCAGCAGCAGCAGACUCGCUUCUUAUCAAAGAAACGCACAACUGGAGAAGUCCAUUCACCCACAGCCUCAAACCAUGGGUCCUGCCUGCUUCUCCUGGGACGUCUGUUUGUUUCUCCUCCUCAUAAACACUUUAGAUAUCAUGGGAAAUGUUGGAGACGCAGAUGCUGAUGAGUGCUCUGAAUCCACAGACGACUGUCACAUCGAUGCUCUCUGCCAAAACACUCCAAAGUCCUUCAAGUGCAUCUGCAAGACUGGAUACAAGGGAGAUGGCAAGCACUGCGAAGAUAUGGACGAGUGUGAAAAUGACUACAAUGGCGGAUGUGUUCAUGACUGCAUCAACAUCCCUGGGAACUACAGGUGCACAUGCUAUGACGGAUUCAUGCUGGCAGAUGACGGGCACAACUGUCUUGAUGUGGAUGAAUGUCUGGACAAUAACGGUGGCUGUCAGCAGAUCUGCGUGAACACCAUGGGCAGUUACGAGUGCCAGUGCAAAGAUGGGUUCUUCCUGAGUGACAACCAGCACACCUGUAUCCACCGAUCGGAUGAUGGGAUGAACUGUAUGAAUAAGGACCAUGACUGUGCCCAUAUCUGUAGAGAGACUCCCAAAGGCGGUGUGGCGUGUGAGUGCCGCCCAGGUUUUGAGCUAGCCGAAAAUCAGCAUGACUGCAAAUUGACAUGUAACUAUGGAAACGGUGGUUGCCAACACACAUGCGAUGACACCGACGUCGGGCCCGUGUGUGGAUGUCAUCAGAAAUAUGCCCUGCAUUCGGACAGCAAGACCUGCAUUGAGAAUGAUGAGGCUGCAAUUGAGAGCUCUGAAUUCAAUACCACGUCAGUAGCUGAUGUGGACAAGCGGGUGAAACGUCGUCUACUUAUGGAGACCUGUGCAGUGAACAACGGCGGUUGCGAUCGCACCUGCAAGGACACGGCCACCGGGGUGCGCUGCAGUUGUCCGGUGGGCUUCACCCUUCAACCCGACGGCAAGACCUGCAAAGACAUUGAUGAAUGUUUGGAGAAUAAUGGAGGAUGUGAUCAUUUCUGCCGGAACACAGUGGGCAGUUUUGAGUGCAACUGUCAGAAAGGACACAAACUCCUGACCAAUGAACGCACCUGUCAAGAUAUUGACGAGUGCUCCUUUGAGAGGACAUGUGACCACAUCUGCAGCAACUACCCGGGAAGCUUUGAGUGUGUGUGUCACAAAGGUCACAUUCUCUAUGGCCUCACACACUGCGGCGAUAUUGACGAGUGCAGCAUUAAUAAUGGGAGCUGUGAUUACGGCUGCGUGAACACACUGGGUAGUUAUGAGUGUGUGUGUCCUCCUGGACAAAAGCUUCACUGGAACAAGAAAGACUGUGUUGAGGUGGUAAAAUGCCUCCCGAAUGGAAAGCCAGCACCUCGCGCUCAGCUCAGCUGCACCAAGACGGGUGGAGGGGAGGUGUGUUCCCUGUCCUGUCCAUCAAACGCCCUUUUCCUGGCAGACUCUGAGAACAGUUACACUCUGAGCUGCGGUGUACCUGUCCAGGCAGGUAAAGUUCCAGUGAAGAGGAACAUCACUACUUUCGGGAGUAGCUCCAUGCAAACCUGCACAGAGACGCUGGCCCAGCCUGUGAAGCAGAAAGCACGGUUUAAGAUCAAAGACGCCAAGUGCCACCUGAGACCCCGCAAUAAAGAGAAACACAGGGAACUGGGAAAACAGGGCCUUCAGGCAGCUGGUCAGUUCCCCUGCACAGACAACUGUCAGGUGACAUUUGUGAAUCUGAAGUGCGACUCUUCCAAAAAGCGCCGUCGUGGCCGCAAGUCUCCAUCCAAAGAAGUCUCCCACAUCACAGCGGAGUUUGAGAUGGAAAUGAAAGAAGAGGAAGCCUCAGAAUCAUGUAAUGUGGACUGUGUGCGUGAGAAGACCAAACAGAGGCUGCAGAAUGCCAUGCGCACACUAAGGAAGUCCAUCAGUAAGCAGCAGUUCUACAUUCAGUUCUCCGGCACGGCGUACGAGGUGGCCCAGCGUGCCGUGCGUCAGACAGAUGGAGAUGAGACCUGCAGUAUAGGACAGGUCCUCACUGACGGGAAGUGUGUCAGCUGCGGUGUGGGAACGUUCUACAGCGGAGAAAGGGAACAGUGCGUGAUAUGUCUGCCAGGAACCUAUCAGGACAGAGAGGGCCAGCUGUCCUGCGAGCCCUGCCCCAGCACCGAGGGACAGGGCAUCGCAGGGGCCAAGAAUGUCUCCGAGUGUGGAGGCCAGUGUCCUGCUGGUCAGUUCUCUGCUGAUGGUUUCCGUCCGUGUCAGCCUUGCCCGCUGGGAACCUUCCAGCCUGAGCCGGGCCGUGUGUUGUGUUUCCCUUGUGGAGGAGGACUCGUGACUAAACACACGGGCAGCACAUCCUUUAGAGACUGUGAAGCCAAAGUUCACUGUGCUCUCGGGCAUUAUUAUAAUGCCACCACACACCGGUGCAUCCGUUGUCCGGCUGGUACCUACCAGUUUGAGUCAGGUCAGAACUACUGCAUCACCUGCCCUGGAAACACCACUACAGAUUUUGACGGCGCUAACAAUGUAUCUCACUGCAAAAAUCAGCUAUGUGGUGGUGAGCUGGGAGAUUUCAUGGGGUACAUCGAAUCUCCCAACUAUCCUGGUGACUAUCCAUCUAAUGUGAACUGCGUCUGGACCAUCAACCCUCCGAACAAGAGACGCAUCCUUAUUGUUGUGCCAGAGAUCUUCCUCCCUAUUGAGGAUGAGUGUGGGGAUGUUCUUGUCAUGAGGAAGAGUGCCCAGCCAACUUCCGUUACAACUUAUGAGACAUGCCAAACUUAUGAGCGACCAAUCGCCUUCACCUCCCGUUCACGCAAGCUGUGGAUCCAGUUCAAAUCUAAUGAGGGAAACAGCGGAAAGGGAUUUCAGGUUCCAUACGUCACUUACGAUGAAGACUACCAGCAACUCAUAGAGGACAUUGUUCGAGACGGUCGACUUUAUGCCUCAGAAAACCACCAGGAGAUAUUAAAAGAUAAGAAGCUGAUUAAAGCACUGUUCGAUGUGCUGGCUCACCCUCAUAACUACUUUAAAUACACCGUGCAGGAAUCAAAGGAGAUGUUCCCGCGAUCUUUUAUCAAACUGCUUCGCUCCAAAGUGUCCAGGUUUCUACGGCCAUAUAAAUAGAAACCCCG